UUCCAGGGUUUAUGGAAAUUCGACAUGGAGUGCUAUAAAAAGUAUGGAAAAACGUGGGGGUUGUUUGAUGGUCAAAUGCCUCUCUUGGUCAUUACAGACCCAGAGAUGAUUAAGAAUGUGCUAGUGAAGGAAUGUUUUUCUGUCUUCACAAACCGGCGGGAUGUAGGCCCAGUGGGGAUAAUGAGUAAAGCUGUACCAAUAUCUAAGGAUGAGGAAUGGAAGAGAUAUAGAGCCUUGCUGUCCCCCGCAUUCACCAGUGGAAAACUCAAGGAGAUGUUCCCUGUCAUUGAACAGUAUGGAGACAUUUUGGUAAAAUAUUUGAGGCAAGAGGCAGAGAAUGGCAAGCCUGUUACUGUGCAAGAAGUGUUAGGUGCUUACAGCAUGGAUGUGAUCACCAGCACAUCAUUUGGAGUGGAUGUGGAUUCCCUCAACAAUCCGAACAAUCCUUUUGUGGAGAAAGCCAAGAAUCUUUUAAGAUUUGAUUUUUUUGCUCCUUUGUUCUUUUCAGCAUUACUCUUUCCAUUCCUCAUACCAAUAUAUGAGAUGUUAAAUAUCUGCAUGUACUCAAAGGAUUCAGUAGAAUUUUUCAAAACAUUUGUGAACAGAAUUAAGGAAAACCGCCUGGAUUCUAAGCAGAAGCACCGAGUGGAUUUUCUUCAGCUGAUGAUGAAUGCGCAUAAUAGUUCCAAAGACAAAGACUCUCAUAAAGUUUCAGCCCUUUCUGACAUGGAGAUCACAGUCCAGUCAAUUAUCUUUAUUGUUGCUGGAUAUGAAAACACCAGUAGCAUCCUUUCCUUCACCCUGUAUUCCCUGGCCACUCACCCUGAUAUCCAGAAGAAACUGCAGGAAGAGAUCGAUGAGGCUCUACCCAAUAAGGUGAGAGGAUGGUGUAGGAGGGAAAGGGAGAAACCUCAACAAAGACAGUUUUGUCACCUGCAAUGGUGUGUGUAAGUGUG